AUUACGUCAUUAAAUAUUUCCUUGACGAAGACCUGAAGGGCACGAGCAGUAGGUUGUUUCACCAUUUAUUAUUUAAAAGUAAAUAAAUAUAAUGUUUCGAAUUGCUAUACAACGAGGAUUUUCCUGUGUGAAAAAUAUUCAAAGCGUCAUUAUACCAUAUUAUGCUAAGAUUCAACCAGCUGCAGUUACAUCUGUGAGGUCCAUGUCCAAACACUCCACAGAGACUGAUGAAGAAUUUGAUGCAAGAUAUGAAGCAUAUUUUAAUCGAACAGAUAUUGAUGGAUGGGAUGUUCGUAAAGCAAUGAAUGAUUUACAAGGAAUGGAUCUUGUGCCAGAACCCAAGAUCAUGAUUGCUGCUCUUAGAGCUUGUCGACGAGUCAAUGAUUAUGCCUUGGCUGUUAGAUUUCUUGAAGCUGUAAAGGAUAAGUGUGGUACCAGGAUGAAAGAAAUCUACCCAUUUCUCCUUCAAGAGGUCAGACCUACUCUGGAUGAGUUGGGAAUUUGCACACCUGAAGAAAUGGGAUAUGACAAACCGGAACUUCACUUAGAGAAUGUUUAUGACAUUCAUUGAGCCCUGUUUGGGGUAGGAAAGUGUUAAUGUAGGUCCAUUAGCAGUAUAUUUGUGCGCAAAUCAAGAAGAUUUAGUAAGGAGUUCAACAUUUGUCUGUGGAAGAAAACUAAACAAUCAUUUGAGUAUGUUAAAGUUCAGUUGAUAAAAUUUUGUAGUGAAAUAAAACUGUGAAUUUCUGAAGAUUAAAAAUGUAUUUCCAGACAA